GGCCAUGGAGAGCUUCAUGGAGUCCCUAAACAGGCUGAAGGACAUCCAUGAGAAGGAGGUCCUGGGCCUGCAGAACAAGCUUCUGGAACUGAACUCAGAGCGGUGCCGGGAUGCCCAAAGGGUAGAGGAGCUCUGUGCCAAGAACCACCAGCUCAGGGAGCAGCAGAAGGCUCUGAAAGACAACGUGCGGGUGCUGGAGAACAGGCUGCGGGCCGGCCUGUGCGACCGCUGCACUGUCACCCAGGAGCUGGCCAGGAAGAAGCAGCAGGAGUUCGAGAGCUCCCUCCUCCAGAACCUGCAGCACCUCUUCAUCCUCACCAAUGAGAUGACCCGACUGCAGGAGGAAAAUGAGACCUUGAAGGAAGAGGUGGCCCGGCUUCGGGGCCUGGGACCCAAGCCCCAGUGCAGGGAGAGCUCCUCGGACCCCUCCUCACCCCCCCUGCUCAUCUCCCCGGGCCCCUGGAAGGCCAGCACCGAGAAGCUGCCAGGAGGCCACGAGGAGGCCGAGGACCACCCCCUGGAUGCCAGUCCACGGGGAGAAGAGAAGCUGGAGCACAGGAUGUCUCCAGUGGCCAAAAUCUCCCCGGGUGCCGACCUGGCCGAGCCAUGGGCCUCAGACAUGAGCCCCCAGCAUAUCUCCAACCAGCUGCACGGGACCAUUGCCGUGGUGCGGCCGGGGGCCUGGGCCUGCUCCGCUGACCAGGGCUCCGCCAAUGGGACGCUCUCUGCCCAGAACAGCCCACCCAGCCCGCCUUACGAGCACAGCCUCUCCCUGGACAGCUUCCUGCGGGCCUCUCAGGCCUCCACCAGGCCCCACAAGUCCCUGAAGCACGCCCUCCAGACUGACCGCCUCUGCCUCCUGAAUCGCCCUCUGUCCCUGCACCUUCGGAGCCCCCAGAGCAGCCCCCGGGACCCCGCCGCAGCCCCUGGCGGUCCCCAGCCCCAGAUCCUGAAGACCAGAGAGGCAGAGGCAUGGGAGGUGCCCUCGGGGCUACUGGGCCCACCGGGCGCCCUGGUGGACAUGCGGGAUCCUCGGCUAGAGGGGGCGCUGAGCCUGCUCCUGGCCCAGCAGCUGCAGGCACGAAGACAGGCUGGCGGUGCCAGGAUGAGGGAGCCUCCCAGGCCAGGGGAGACACCGCCCUCCCCUCCAAUCUGUUCCGACUCUGAGGGAUCAGAGGGCGAGGUGGCCGGGGCAGGCCUGCCCAGGAGGCGACACCAACAGCCCACAGGCCCAGGCAGCCCCAGGGGGCAGGAGGCCACAGCCAUAGAGGACCUUGUUCCAGACAAGCCCCUGGACCUCUCUGAGUGGGGGCGGGGCCGGGAUGCCCCCAAGCCCAUGGGCCGGCCAAGGAGGUUUAGCCCCAAAGCUGCCCACACUCCCAGCCCUGAGCCGCCCCAGGGAGCCAAGCCACUUGCCCAGUCUGGACCUUGGGGGCGAAGCAAUAGCACCAAGGGGGCCAGAGCACCAGGGCCAGAAGCGGCCCCCCCGCCCGAGGACUCCCCACAUCCUCUCCCAGAGCCCCAGCCUAGCCUGCCGUCUCCAGGCAGGACAGGAGGUGAGUCCAGAGAGAGGCCAAAACCGUCCCCCCACCCACAGAGUCCUGAUGCCAAUGACCACCCAGUUUCCUCAUCUGCAGAGCUGUUGCCACUCACCCUGGUCUGGCAGGCUAGAGCGAGCCCUGCUCCCACCAGACUCCUGGGCCACCAGCCUGGCCUGACCCACGCCCUGCACCCCGCAGAGCUCAGCAAGGCCCAGGUACAGCGACCGCUGUCAGACACGCUGGAUGAGCCAGGCGCCUCGGACAGUGAGCCUCCAAGAAGCUGUCCUGAGGGAGAAGGAACAGGGGAGCCCCUGACGCCAGCUGAAGGGCCCAGGAGCCCAAGACCCCAAGGACGACAGCCCCUCACCCAGCAACAGCAUCUGGGAGGAGCCCUAUCGCGCUCUGCCCACCGAGGCCAGGACAGCCCACACCACCAGCCCAGCCCAGCUCGGGGGGGUGGGGGGGGGGAAGGAGAUUAAAUCCUGGCCACGUCCAGAGGUGCUGGGAAGGCCGAGAGGGAGUCUAUAGCUGGUUUUUGGAACCCUUCUCUACCCAUCUUGAUGACUGGCUGGACCUGUCAUCCCACCUUCUCCCCAGCACCUUCUCCCUUGCGGGGAACAGGAGUUGAGAAGCACAGGAGGCAGGGAUCCUCAGCCCUAGCCCAGCCCCACCCCUGCAGCACAGAGACAGCCCUUACCGGGCAGCGCCCCUCACCCUCCUCAUCCCUCCCCUGCCUACUCCACUGGCAUCCCAGACUCCAAGGGCCCUGCACUCUUGGCCACCCCUUCCCUGAGGGGCAACGGAGCUGCAAGCAUCGGUCUCCAGCGCCCCCUCGUGGAACCCUGCAUACAGACACUGGGCAUUGAGGGCCUAGUCCAGGGGUGGGCAAACUUUUUGACUCGAGGGCCACAAUGGGUUCUUAAACUGGACCGGAGGGCCGG